GAUCAACGAUACAAGGUAUCCGACUAGCCAGGCUCGAUGCAUUCUCAUUGAGCGCAAAGUUUAUCAGUGGUGAAGUCGCUGGCGAAUACUUGUACAUCAGCUUAAACGCAAUAUCCUCCUGCACAAGCUUGAACAUUGCCGGUAUGGCGCUCAAAAGGAAACGACAUCAGCCACCGGCAAACCUUGAGCCACAGCCCUUUCCAGAGAUACUGCAGCAUGCGGACCGACAACGAGAAGCUGGGUUAUAUGACUUGCUUGGGAGCGAGGAUGUCGAGGAGCGCAUAGCCGCGGCGAAUUGUAUUCUCAGGAGCCUGUUUGAAAAUGGCGACGGCAACGGAAACCCGUGCUCAGAAACCAUCCUCACAAGACAUCUCGAACAUCGAUUAUUCCGCGGACUUUCCAGUGGGCGCAACGCCUCGCGUCCAGGGUUCAGCUUAGUUAUCACAGAGAUUCUCUCGCGACUCUAUGGUGACACCGAUACUCUGGCAGACCAGCACUACACAGGGCUGCCCUUUGAGAAGGUUUUGAACAUUUUCAAAGACAAGACCAAAUCCGGAGGCAACGUCUCCGGUCAAGAAGAGCGCGAUUCUGCCUUUGGUCGACUCUUUGGUCUUGAAUGCUUUGUGAGGUCGAACACACUCUUCCAGGCAUCUGAGCGAUGGCAGCCUGUUCUGGACAUGCUCAUGGAGCUGGCAACGCAAAAGGUGUGGCUCCGACCAGCCUGCGGCCUGGUUGUCGCGGACGCAAUAAAGCAGAUGGAUCAAGAAGAGGCAACGGGGACAUUGAAGAGAUUCGCGGAUGCUGGACUUGGGCGCACGCCGGAAGGCGUGGCUCUCUGGCUAGUGGCGCUCUCUCGGUUCCCUGAGAUUCACGUGAAACCUUGGACACAUCAUCCUCUGGCCACGCAGUCGCUGGGUCAUCUUGGUCAGGUCCUCAGGGAAAGCUUCAAGAACACCCCCGAAGAAGAUGCCGAGGGACAAGUUGGUCUGAAGCAAGCGAACUGGACUGCGCAGUCGCACUUCGUUUGGGACCACAUCAUCGCUCAUUACAAGAGGCCGGAAGUCGGAGUUGAGGAUUUCCAGGAGUUCUGUGGUCGAGUUAUAGACGACGCAUUGUUCUCCAAGAAAGCAACGGACGGUCAAAAGUUCAAGGGCUUCAAUGUCUUCUUGAAACUGCUUCAUAGCUUUGCAGACCUGCCGGCGAAGCUCGGCUGCCUGUUCGGAAAGAACUUCAUGGCAUGUCUCAUGAACCAGGCAGCUAAGGAGGACAGGUUCCUCCAUCGCGCAGCUGUGAAGGCUCUGAAAGCCCUAGAGGAUGUCGUCCGAUCGCAUCCCACUUCUUUACCAACCAUUCUUAGUGGCAUGAUUGGCGAAAAUGGUGCUUAUAGCUUUGACUCCCGAACAAAUACCAAGACUGUUGACAAGCUCCUGCAACAUGUCAAUACACGGACUGAGGAGGAAUGCUUGGCGAUCGUCAGGCAACCUCUCGUCAAGCUUGGGAAACUUCCCAAGCCGCAAGGGCAGGCCAUCGUUCGGUCGUACAUCGACUACCUUGCCAAACUGCUCAACUCAUCAGGAGGUGAUUCGACAGAGGGCCACGAGACAGGUGCCGCAUUGGCUGAACUGGCUACCAUUGCCUAUUCGCAACCGAGGAAUAUCCCCACAGAGCUCUUGACAGAUUCUAUCAAGGAAAACUGCAGAUUAAGACUGGAGACGGCCAUCAGCAAGCUGAUCCGACGAAGCAAGGACUUCACCACGUUCUGCAACGCAGUCCUGUCAAUAGACAGUGCGGCCAUUGACAUGGCGCCCGAGAUCCGCACGGCUGUCGAUGAUGCUUUGGCUCGCAUGAAGAAGCUCAUGAAACGCAAGACCAAGACCGAAGGGGAGAAGACCUCGGCUCUGAGCCUCGCAAUGCUCCACGCCGUCUCCAUACUGCGGUUGUACAACGAAGACCCCGAUGCAAUGGAAACAUUGCAAGACCUCGAACAAAUCGCCGAGCGGUCCAAAAAGGGCAGGAAAGAUGAGGAUGACGAGGGCAGCACGGAGAUUCUUGUUGAGGUCUUGUUGUCCAUGGUUUCACGGCCGUCAAAACUCAUGCGUGAAGUCUCGCAGCAGAUCUUCGGCGCGUUCACGUCACAGAUGACGACGGAAGCACUUGAGCUAUUGACUGGACCCUUAACGACCAGUGAAAGUACAAAGGGUCAGAAGGAGCUUUUCGACACAGCUGAGGAUGGCGACGAGAUCGUGGACGGUUCUGACGAAGAAGAGGAUGCCGUCGAGGAGAUGCAGGGCAUUGAGCUCAACUCGGACGGCGAGAUCGAUUCGGACGUCGAGUUCGUCGACCUGAAAGCCGAUGGGACCGAGGCCGACAGCGACGAGGAUGACUCCGAUGCUGAUGACGACGACGACGAAGACGAAGACAGUGAUAAGAAGCAAGGGCCGAUGGAUAUCGAUGAUUUCGAUAAACUCGUGGGUGAUAUCCUCAAGAGCCACCGACUCGACAAAGAUGCGGAUGCCGCUUCCUCGGACGACGAUCAGGACAUGUCCGAUUCUGAGAUGCUUGCCAUGGACGACAAGUUGGGCGAAGUCUUCAAGCAACAAGCGAAGAGCAAGCCCGACUCGAAGCAACAGAAACGGGACGCAAAGGCUGCCGUUGUCAAUCUCAAGAACCGAAUCUUGGACCUGCUCGAAAUCUUCAUUAAGAAUGAGCCCCUCAACCCUCUGGCAUUCUCUGUUCUGGUCCCCCUGCUGAGCCUUAUGCGCACAACCGGUGUCAAACCGCUGGCGUCUCGCGCGAGUGCUAUUGUCGUUGACUACCAGAAGCGCAUGAAGAAGGCUCGCAACAACAAGGAGGUGAAGCAGUCUGGCCUCACCGCCGACGUGAUCUUCCCCUAUCUGGCAGAGGUUCACGAGGAAGCGCGACAAGGCGGCGAUUCACACGAGUACAGCAAGACGGCUAGUGCGGCGAGCUUGCUGUUGGCUGUGACGAUGCAUGUGCUGGACAAGUCAUCCGAAGAGAAGGUCAAUGAUCUCUAUAGCCAGACCUUUGCAGCAAAGAAGGGGCUGCAACUUGCCUUUUUUGCGGACUGGGAGAACUGGAGGAAGAAUCGUGCGUAAUCUUUUCCAUAGCUGCUGCAGAAAAAAAAGGAUAUAAUUUCUCAGACGGCGUUUGCCCGCAGGUAGUAGUAAGUAAUUGAUGAGCCGCGAAGGCAUCAUUGUACAC